ACAUCUCAACUUCACUUCACUAACAUCGCAAGAUGUCUUAUAACGAAGGUUCAAAUCUGUUCUCCAAAGUGUGUGUCGUAGAUGUUCGCGCAUUCCACCCCAUUCUGUGUGGCUAGUCAUUCCGACAGAUCUCGCGGCAUCCCAAUAGCCCAACCUUAGACGUCAGGGAUCAUCCUCGCGCAACGCGUGUAUAUCUUUUCUCAGAUGUUUAUAAUACAACCAACGUCACGUCACGUCACGUCAUAUCCGUUCCCUUUGAAUUUCAAAUCGAUGAGUAUACUUUAUCUUCCCUGUUAUUCCAUAGAAACUGUCAGCAUCAUGAUUGCUGUCUAAUAAACAGACCAAAUAAUCUUCAUCUUGUUCCUCUACCUAGUGAGUUUACACCUUAUCAAGAGUUGUUACUACUGCACAUCCGUUAGAUUUACGAUCCGUAACCACACAAAAGGUUUGGAGCCUCCAAGAAUAGUCACUUCUCACGAGGCACCAUAUAAGCGGACAGUCUGUGUAUUCAAAUAUUCGAUCAAAUCCCACAUUCACUCUUCAGUACAAGACCAACUGAUCGCGCAAAAGAAGAGUAGAAUAGUGCAUCGAAAAAUUGAACUUGAGCGAAUUUUUGGAAUACACAAGGAAUAAAGAUCAGAAACACUGACAUAUAAAACAGAGUAAAUUAUACCAAACACACAUGCAAGAGUCCGACUAGGAGGAAACAAACGUUACAUUACCCAACUUUUGAUCUAUAAACAAAAAACAACCAGUGAUGCCAUCCACUCAAACACACGACCUCAUUGGAUCCGUCCAUGAAAGGCUCCAUCCACCCACAGUACCAUCAUCGCCGUUCCAACCAGGCACAUCCAACCUCGAACUCCACCAACAUCCCCAAGAACAAGACAUCCGAUAUCCAACGACCACCCUACCUUCCCAACGCCGAAAAUCUUCCUCCCCCCGAGUGAUACCACCGCCCUUCCACCCCAACGCCUCAAUCCCAGCGACCCGGACUAACACUCAAUCCUCACUCAACACUACACAAACGUCAUUCAUUAGCCAUUAUCUCCAUUCUCACCAUCGUCCCCCCUCUCUCUCCCCCCUCUCUCUCUUGCUUCCACAAAUACCCC